UGAAGCAGUGUUGGGAUUUGCCAAGAGGAAUGAAUAAUGGAGAGAAAAUAGGCAUCCUGCAAGAGAUUUCAGUGGACAGAUAAAAUAGGAGGCUGUCCCUUCGUCCCCUCCGACGCCUUCUUCUCCCCAAUAAAACGCCACCGCGCAGCGCGUCGGAGCCGGCGGCCGGGAGGAUGCCUCAAGAUUCGCGCCCCGCCGCGAUGCGGCUCUUCGGCGUCACCAUCGCGCCGGCGCCGGAGCCGGAGCCUGAUCCAUCGGACCACCGGGAUCCGAGCCCGCCGAACCCGCCGCCGGUGGCGGUGAGGGAGGACGCGAUGCGCAAGUGCAAGAGCAUGGGCAACCUCGCCGCCGCCGCGGCCUCCGGAGACGCCGGAGGCUCCGGCGACGGGUACCUGUCCGACGGUGGGCUGCUGCAGUCGUCAGGCAAGCGGCGGCGCGCGCAGGAGAGGAAGAAAGCUGUCCCUUGGACUGAAGAAGAGCAUCGAACAUUUCUUGCUGGUCUUGAAAAGCUAGGAAAGGGGGACUGGAGGGGUAUAUCUAAGAACUUUGUGACUACGAGGACUCCGACUCAAGUGGCUAGUCAUGCUCAAAAGUAUUUUCUUAGACAAACUAAUCCAAACAAGAAGCGCAGAUCAAGUCUUUUUGAUAUGAUGUCAAAUAACCUGUAUACCUGUGAGCUGCAGUCACCAGCAUCAAACUGCCCCAAACUAGAAGAUAUGGUAGCUAUGACUAAACAACUCCAGAAUAGCACUUUGGAAGGAAUCUCAUCUUCAAGCGCAGUUAAUCUAUCACCACAAGUUGCAAGAGACCUUCCUCCUCCAAUUCCAUCUUUUAAAGCAACAAACUUAGAUUCCAAUCUCAGCAAGAUGAACCACAUGGAUGGUUUCUUGAGGGCACCAAUGCUGUUUAGACCAAUUCCAAGAUUUACUGAAGGGGCAUCUUCACCGACUCCUGCAACUGCAAACAUGGAUGCUCUAGCAUUUCAAGCUAACCUGAGUGCAUGUACUAAUGCAUUAUUCUUGAGAUCCCAUAGCAAGCCUUCGCCAUUGCCAAAGAAGGCAGAUCCUCCAGCAGAUGAGGAUCUGGAUCUGACAGUUGCCCCACCCUCCCAACAAACCAGGGCCAGUAUUUCUUCCCAGAAUGCAGUAGGCGUAAUUCAAGUCAUAUAGACUGAUAAUUUUUGGGGGGAGUUAACUAUGUUGUUGAAUGUUUACAAAAUAAACAAUAACAUUAUAUUAGUGAUACACCAAUAAAAGAAGGAAUUAAAGA